CGCGGUGCGCCGCCAGUAUGGCUGUUCCAUGGCGGCGAGCACAGGUUACGUGCGGCUGUGGGCCGCUGCGCGGUGUUGGGCGCUGCGGCGGCCGCUGCUGGCCGUCACUGGGGGCCGCAUCCCGAGCGUGUCCGGGUCGUGGCUGCGCCGAGGCCGGCGGGCCUGCGACACCUCGGCUCCCUGGGCGCUUGGCGGCCGCGUCCCCGCGGGCGUGGGUCAGUGGCGGGGGCUGUGGGACACAGGCAGCCGCGGCGGCGGUGGCCACGAGACACCCGAGGGCGGCGCGGAGGACGGGGCAGCGGCGAGCGGCGGGGACAGCCCGGUCGUCACGGCCCUCGCGCCCAUGACCGUCCCGGAUGUGUUUCCGCACUUGCCGCUCAUCGCCAUCACCCGCAACCCGGUGUUCCCGCGCUUUAUCAAGAUCGUGGAGGUGAAAAAUAAGAAGUUGGUUGAGCUCCUGAGGAGGAAAGUCCGCCUGGCACAGCCCUAUGUUGGUGUCUUCCUGAAGAGAGACGACAACAAUGAGUCGGAUGUGGUGGAGAGCCUAGAUGAAAUCUACCACACAGGAACGUUUGCUCAGAUCCAUGAGAUGCAGGACCUUGGAGACAAACUGCGCAUGAUUGUCACAGGCCACAGAAGGAUUCACAUCAGCCGGCAGCUGGAGGUGGAUCCCGAGGGGCCAGAGCCAGAACUCGAGAACAAGCAAAAGUCCAGGAGGAAGUUGAAGCGAGGCAAGAAGGAGGCAGAGGAUGAGCUGGGUGCCAAGCCCCAGAUGGAGGUGGUGCCUGAGGUCUCAAGCGACACCUCCAAAGAGGUGCUCAUGGUGGAGGUUGAGAAUGUGGCCCAUGAAGACUUCCAGGUCACAGAGGAAGUGAAGGCCCUGACUGCAGAGAUUGUGAAGACCAUUCGGGAUAUCAUUGCCCUGAACCCUCUGUACAGAGAGUCGGUGUUGCAGAUGAUGCAGGCAGGCCAGCGUGUGGUGGACAACCCCAUCUACCUGAGUGAUAUGGGUGCUGCGCUCACAGGGGCUGAGUCCCAUGAGCUACAGGACGUGCUGGAAGAGACCAACAUCCUUAAGCGGCUCUACAAGGCCCUGUCACUCUUGAAGAAGGAGUUUGAGUUGAGCAAGCUUCAGCAACGCCUGGGCCGAGAGGUGGAGGAGAAGAUCAAGCAGACGCACAGGAAGUACCUGCUGCAGGAGCAGCUGAAGAUCAUCAAGAAGGAGCUGGGGCUGGAGAAGGAUGACAAAGAUGCCAUCGAGGAGAAGUUCCGGGAACGCCUCCGGGAGCUCGUGGUCCCCAAGCACGUGAUGGAUGUGGUGGACGAGGAGCUGAGCAAGCUGGCCCUGCUGGACAACCACUCCUCUGAGUUCAAUGUCACCCGCAACUACCUGGACUGGCUGACCUCCAUCCCGUGGGGCCGGCAGAGUGAUGAAAACCUUGACCUGGCCAGGGCCCAGGCUGUGCUGGAGGAAGACCACUAUGGCAUGGAGGAUGUGAAGAAGCGGGUCCUGGAGUUCAUAGCUGUGAGCCAGCUCCGUGGC